UAAGGGUCAUUAGCUUUGCAUUAACGCUUUGCAUUUAUAUCUUUAUCAUUUAUAUGAUAAUAAAUCGCAGGCCGAAUGUUUACAAUGGUUAUCUUCAGGAUAUAUUCAUCGAUAUUUAAAUAAAGUUUUUCAAAGGAAAACGAACAUGGCUGCCUCCAUAGCGUGCUGUUUUUAAUGUCUUAUAACGAAGUAUUUUCGGUCUUUGCUUAUAAAAGAAAUAAUAAAUGUGACGAGUUUUCCUCCAGCCAAUAGAGGUUUGCUCCGUCUGAAAUAAGGAUGAGUCGCUCAACCAGCCUCCUGCAGCAGAUGACCAUAUUCGUCACAGUAGUGACGGGUGGCGGCUGUGCAAUGAUGUAUUACCUCAUGCAGAAAAAUUUUGCAAGGUCAGAGUAUUACCGUCUGGCCCUUGAACAACUGAACCUUAAUUCCACAGCCAUGGCCAGUCUGGGCGCUCCUCCUCUGAAAAUACACAACAUACAUUUAUCUGACCGACACAACCGCGUUGACCACAGCAGCGCUCAGCUGAAGAUCCCAGUUACUGGGCCAAAGACGGGAGGUUAUCUCUAUACAACUUCCACCAGAGACGCUAUCAUGAACAGAUGGCACCUCCAGCAAGUGUUUCUGAAGCUGAGGGAAGGCGAGAUCAUUGAAAUUUUCAACAAGACAGAAUCUGAAGAGUAACUUCACACAGAAACAUUGCAUGUUAAACAAACAAAUUGCCAGUGAACCAUUGGACAGUUACUGUGAUUGACAGAUUUUUUUAUUUUUAUUUUUGUGAUUAUGGCAUUUACAUAUAUUUGUCUAAUUUAAAUGUUAAUGUAUAUUUGUUUGGGAUGUGUGGAAGCUGUCAUGAAGCUGUGUCAUUGUUUACUACAAUAUGUUUGCUGUUUUAUGCACAUUAAAGACAAAUGAUAUAAAAAUCA